AUGAAGACUUUUAUCGUACUAGCAGUGUGCGUGGCGUGUGCUUUUGCAGAUUACCGUGAUCAACCACUCGGUCAGGAGUCGAAAUUCCGAGGCAGAAUUGUAGGAGGAAUUGAAGUCGACAUAGCUGGCUUCCCGUACCAGCUAUCAAUGCGCUUGAACGAUGAUCACUGGUGUGGUGCUUCCAUAAUCUCAAGUAAUUGGGCGAUGUCUGCUGCUCACUGUACCUAUCCAGCGCCACCGGUUAGCUCGAUGACCUUCCGGGCAGGAAGCUCAAGUCGAACUACUGGAGGAACCAUUUUCCAGGCUGCAGAGAUCGUAAACCAUCCGCUGUAUGAUCCAGUCACCAUUGAUAACGAUGUUUGUGUUAUUCGUAUCACAACAUCCUUUGUUGGAACCGACAUAGUUCCAAUCACAAUUGUACCAAUUGGAACUAGCUUCCCGCAUGGUACUCGUAGUGUGGUAUCUGGAUGGGGUAUGACUACUCCAGGAGGACCUCUGCCGGUCUAUUUGCACGCUGUGAACAUUCCAGUUGUGGGUCAAGACGCUUGUCGGGGCCUGUGGGGAGCUCAGAGAAUCACUGAAAAUAUGAUUUGUGCUGGUGAGUUUGGACGUGAUGCGUGCAACCAUGAUAGUGGUAGUCCACUUGUUACCGGAGGACGUCAGUUCGGAAUUGUUUCGUGGGGAACUAGUCAAUGUGGAGAGCAAGUAGGAGUUUAUGUGAACAUUGGUGCUGCUAGUAUUCGUAAUUUUAUUAAUUCCACUACCGGUGUGUAG